ACAAGACGGCAGUUGCUGCUGCUGGGGCUGGCUGACUGACUGACUGGCUGAAUGGGCUGGCCCGGGUUCGACGGGACCCGACCGUUUUUAUUCCACCGUUGGCGUUCCGGCCGUUUGCAACGUUUCGCCGGGGCCCCGACAUAACGCGCGCGUAACUCGGCCGAGCAAGGCGAGCCGUCCGGUGCUCGUGCGGUUCGAGCGGAUAGUUUUUCGGUUAUUAUUUUUUUGUUCGUUUUUUCCGUUGAGUUUCGCGUCGAAAAUACGUUCUUUUUUAUUUAAAAAAAAAUCCGUCAGUUUUAGUGUGUGCUUUUUAAGUUUAUUUGUGUUCCGUACGUUUUAGAGAAGAGAAGUGUAACAAAACAAGGAAACAGGAAGCUGAAAGUGAACGCAUGAAAUGGACACAACAACAACAAUACGCAAAGCAACCAAACACAGUGUGUGUCAGUGUGAUACGUUCACGUCAUAGCGCGUCAUCCGUCCGCACGAAGGUGUGCUUGCGAGAUAAAUAUAGCAGUGAGUGAGCUACUUUUGUAGCAACCAGAACCAGUAUCCAAGCAGGCGUCUUUUUUGUGAAGAAAACUACACAUGUACAGUGUACACUCUGUUGCCAAGAAAACAACUUCCCCGUUAGUUGCAAGUGAAAAGUGUCCGUAAAAAGGGGAAAAAACAGAACAAAACAGCAUCAUAAUUAAGCUAAAGCGUGCGCUCGGUUAGUGUGUAAAGUGCGUGCGUGUGUGUGUGUGUCCCUGAUGACGCUAUGUGCGAGGUCGCGACCCUGACCGACAGCAUCCAGCAGCAACCACCAUCAGCAGCACCAGCAGUACCACUACUAGUCGGCAUCAUGGGGCAAACCUCGUCCUCCGGGACGGCAGCAAGCAACAACAACAACAACCAUCUUCAGCAUGGCGGCACGGCCCGCAAUGGGAAGAAGAUGUACCACCGACACAGUUCGGUCCAGCCAGCGCUGGCCAGCAUACGGCUGCUGAAGAAGGAGAAUUCGCUCACGGUCGGUGGCAGCGGGGCGAAGCGGGCCGAUACCGUGCUGCUCCAGAAGGCACGCACCGAAAGUCGCAACAUCGACCAGUACGGACUGCUGCUAGCGAACGGUGGUGCAACCGGUACGAACGGUGCCGCAGCGGCAACAAUGCCAACGGUUACAGCGGCACCAUCCUGCCCGAGUGAGGCGACUACAGCUAGCAACGACCUAACCGUACUCCUGUCGUCCGGCAGUGCGGCCGACGUAGACCGCUCAGUGAACUCGGUGACGGGCAAUGGGGGGACAAGCAGUCGGGAGUUUUUCAAAUCGGGCGAUGAUACGUACCACCGGACGGACUGCUGCUACUACCGCACGAUGGACAACGGCUACCACAAGCUGCCCUCGGACUCGUACCACAAAACGACCGAGGGUUGCUACGUCAAGAUGACGGAUGGGAGCUUCCGGCGGCUCGACCACACCCCCGGCAGUGUGACCGAUGGGGAAGAGGAUGGCUCAACCGUCCCGGCAGCAGCAGCUACUGCCGCCGCUCCGGUGCAGUACCGCGUCCGCAAUCCGAUGAUGAAGUUUCUCAAGCGCUCCAAAUCCCACACACCCGCCACGAUAGUGCAGCUGCAGAAGGAGAAGGAGCGGAAGGCGGCAGCAGCAGCACCCCAGCAUCACCGGCUCAGCACAAUCCAGUCGUCCGAGGGAGCCGGUGGCGAUGUAGGACGGCAGCAGGCUGCCGCGGCUGCAGCCGCACUCCUACAACACGCCCAUCACCAUCAUCAAAAGUCUGUGCCAACUGCUGCGGGUUCGUUGCUAGUGUCGUCUUCAUCGCAGCAGCAACCGCUGCUGACUACCCGAGACUCCACGCAUCAGCAGCAGCAUUCCCAUUCGCACCAGCAUCAUUCGCACCAUCACCAUCACCAUCACAACCAUGCCCAUCCACCGUCGGCGUCAUCGAUAGUGGAGCAGGGUAGUGGUGGGGCCGUCGUCGUCACCAAGCAGCAACAACAGUCCAGUGCGGCCGUACCGAACCAUCAGAAUCGGCGCGUGAUGGUGACGAUGAUCGAUGGUGGGCUGCCGGUGGUGGCCAAGAGCAAGCCCAUCCACGACAAACCGAAGAGUGCCAAAGCCCGCGUCCAGGAGGUGAAAAGGGACAAGGGCUCCCCAAAUAUGCAAAUGCGCGGUACGCCCGCCCGGUGGCGAUCGGGCGAGGAGCACAUCGGCAAGUACAAGCUGCUGAAGACGAUCGGCAAGGGCAACUUUGCGAAGGUGAAACUGGCGAAGCACGUCCCCACCAACAAGGAGGUCGCCAUCAAGAUCAUCGAUAAGACGCAGCUGAAUCCUUCCUCACUGCAGAAGCUAUACCGCGAGGUGCGGAUAAUGAAAAUGCUCGAUCAUCCGAACAUCGUGAAGCUGUUUCAGGUGAUCGAAACGGAAAAGACGCUCUACCUGGUGAUGGAGUACGCGUCCGGUGGCGAAGUGUUCGACUAUCUCGUCGCCCACGGCAAGAUGAAGGAGAAGGAGGCUCGCGCCAAGUUCCGACAGAUCGUGUCCGCCGUACAGUACUGCCAUCAGAAGCGAAUUAUACACAGAGAUUUGAAGGCGGAAAACCUGCUGCUCGACAGCGAGAUGAACAUCAAGAUAGCGGACUUUGGCUUCUCGAACGAGUUCACGCCCGGCUCGAAGCUGGACACGUUCUGCGGCUCGCCGCCGUACGCAGCGCCCGAGCUGUUCCAGGGUCGCAAGUACGACGGGCCGGAGGUGGACGUGUGGUCGCUCGGCGUCAUCCUCUACACCCUGGUCAGCGGUUCGCUGCCGUUCGACGGUGCCACGCUGAAGGAGCUGCGCGAGCGCGUCCUGCGGGGCAAGUACCGCAUUCCCUUCUACAUGUCGACCGACUGCGAGGUCCUGCUGAAGAAGUUCCUCGUCCUCAACCCAUCGAAGCGCGCCAACCUCGAAACGAUCAUGAAGGACAAAUGGAUGAACAUGGGCUACGAGGACGAUGAGCUGAAGCCGUACGUCGAACCGUUGCCCGAUCUGAAAGAUCAGAAACGGAUAGGUAAGACGGAAGCGUUAGUCGCGAUGGGCUACAAUAGGCAAGAUAUUGAAGAUUCAUUGGCAAACACCAUGUACGAUGACGUAUUCGCCACUUAUCUACUGCUCGGGAGAAAAAGCACCGACUCCGAGUCGGACGGGUCCCGGUCCGGAUCGUCCCUGUCGUUACGUAACAUUGCCGGCAACGGGGGUGCCGCAGCCGGUAACUCCCAGGUGCAAAGCCCAACGCAUCGCGGCGUGCAUCGAAGCAUAUCCGCGUCCAGCACCAAACCGAGCCGGCGAGCUUCCAGCGGUGGCGAAACUCUGCAAAUCUUCCAACGCUUCAUUACAGGCGUCGGUCCAACGACGGCCGUGGCCGCGGCCGCAGCUGCCGCCGCCGUCGGUGCCGGUGGUGGCGGCGUGGGCGGCGGCGGCGGUGGUGGCGCUGUUGUCGGCAGCAUGGCAGCGGCGGGCGGUGGCGCCGGGACUGGCACGGUGGUGGGUGGCGGUACCGGCGGCGGUACGGCCAACGUCACCGGGAACAGUGUGCUCGCCGGUGCGACCAACAACCACAGUUCGGGCACGGGCGGUAGUGGCGGCGGUGCAUCUGAAAGAACAUCGAUAAGCAGUAAUUUCAAGCGUCAAAAUACAAUCGACUCGGCGACGAUCAAGGAAAACACGGCACGACUGGCCGCACAGAACCAGCGACCGGCUUCGAGCAUAACUAAACCGAUUACCUCGGUAGACAACUCAUCGAUCUCCAGCCCGGCGAAAGCGCGUACUACCAGCAGCAGUACGAGUACCAAGUACGAUCCGAGCAACGGCUCCCGGACAGUAGGCCCCAGUGCCGGCCUAAUGCCUAGACGGUCCACGACGCUGUACGAGAAAACGUCGUCCACAGAAAAGACAAACUCCACCACGGAUCCAACUAGCAACAGUUUCGUCGCACCAAUACCCGAAUUCAACCGUGGCAACUCAGCAUCGGCAGCUACUAGUGGUGCGGGUAGUGUCGGUGGUGGUGGUGGUGGCGGGGUCGCCAACAGUGGUAGCGCUAACACCACCGGCACGGGAACGACCGGGGCCACGACCGGUAGCACAGCGGGCGGUGGCGGUGGCGGCGGCGGCACCACCACCACUGGCACUAUGGGCGGCAGCGGUAGUGUUAGUGUUGGCGGUGCCGGCAGCGUUACCGGUGGUGGCAACGGUGGUAGUAACGUUGGAGGAGGCGGCGGCGGCGGCGGUGGCGGCACCGGUAAGGGACAUGUCAAGAGUGCAUCCGUCUCCAGUCCCGGUCCGUCUGCCGACAGUACUACCAAUAGUGCCGCCACGAACGAUCCCCUCAGACAAAGCAUGGUGAAUCGCAAUAGUCUUACACCAGCCGUUAAUUCUUCCAGACAACCGGUUGCAUUUCCCAGGAAUGUUCCAUCGCGAUCGACUUUCCAUUCGGGACAAACCAGAGCCCGAAACAGCACGGUAUACGCCGGAACGGGCGGGAACGUCGGUGAUUCGCCACACUCUGGCAAGACUUUCUUGCAAAGACUUACUACCAGAUUUAGCAAACGGGACAAUUUGCGGCUGCCAUCCGAAAGGCCCAACGAUGGCCAAGCAAAUACUUCAACAAGUACAGCUAGUACGAACACGGAGGAACCGGUAAAGCCACGUGUACUGCGCUUCACCUGGUCGAUGAAGACAACCUCCCCCCGGCUGCCGGACGAAAUCAUGGCCGAAAUCCGGUCCGUGCUGGACAAGAACAAUUGUGAUUAUGAGCAGCGAGAACGAUUCGUGCUGCUGUGCGUACACGGCGACCCGAACACCGACUCGCUAGUGCAGUGGGAAAUUGAAGUCUGCAAGCUGCCCCGGCUAUCGCUGAACGGUGUCCGGUUUAAGAGAAUAUCGGGCACCAGCAUCGGCUUCAAGAACAUUGCGUCGAAGAUCGCGUACGAUCUACGUCUGUGACUCGAUACAAAAUCGGAAGAGUAUCACUCGGUCGGGAGCGAUACGACCCAGGACGAUGGCGACGACGGUGGCGACGACGACGAUGGGACAGCUAGCGGUGGUGGUGGUGGUCUAACGGAAGCGGAAUCAGAAUCGGAACAGAAGCGCAGCAAUCAUCAUCAUCAUGCACGGAAAGAGGGGGGUAACGGCGGGGACGGUAGCGUGGAACCGGUGGAACCGUUCGUCCCGGGCGGCAGCGUCCGGAUGCGGUCGAAAACACCCUCGGCGGCUGGUGCCACCGGCGGUGGCAGCAAACGCUGGUCGCUGGUCGUGGUCGAUGGGCGUUCGUCGUUGCGACGCAAGGAGAAGGAAAGGAUCAGCAGCCACCAUCAGCAGUCGCUACCGCGCCAGCGAAAGGAAAAGAUGAAAGAGGAAGACACUGGGCCUACGACGACGACGACGCCAUCCCGAACCGAGACUGUUGCUACUACUUCCGGUAAUGGAGGAGGAGGAGAGGGAGAAGGCAGUGGUGAUGGGGGUGGUGGUGGUGGUGGUGGUGGUGGCAGCACCGGCACCGGCUGUCAACCCGCCGGCUACAACAGCCUCUUCGCCUCGCUGCUGCGUACCACCACGCUGUGAGCUGUAAAGAGAAGCUGAAACAAACAAACGCAAAACAACCACCACCAACCUACUACUACUGACUGUUAGUUAAAUCAAUUAUAGUUGUACACACACACACAGCCACACACACAGAGAGACACCACUUCACACCGACCUAUCUUUAUAACCUAACCUACCUACCAACCUACCUGCUGUUGGCGUGUACUGAGUACUGUGUGUCGGCAAAGCGCGCAACGACGCAGCAGAGAAUCACUGUUGCGCAUACGCAUACCGCGCAUACCGCACUGUUACGCACCAGGAUAAGAAAAUGCGCGUCUGAAAUGAAAGCAGAGCAGAAGAGGGACGCACAGGAGGAAGCGGAAAUUGCUGCUGGAAAACAAAACGCCCGGAAAACAUAAAACUUAAAAUUGCCUUCAUCCUCAGAGGCGCCCAGAUGCGAAGGGACAACCUUUUUGAAGAGAUAGAGAAACACACACACCCCUAGAAAGGCAACUACAGGCCACAACUAUCCCCCUCCCCUUCCCUCGUAAAAGUAAUUCACAGAAUUUAAGCGUAGUAAAAGUGAAGCAGAAGAAAUAUGUGAACAAACUGAAAGUAUUCGCUGAUAAAAUAUCGUCGUAAAUUGUUACACGUAGUAGGGGGUGGGGUACAGUGAGACAGAAGGAAGACAUUGACAUUGGAUCCUCUACUACCACCGGUUGUUUCUGGAAGAACGGGGGUAAAGGUGGCGCCACACUUACUGUGCGUGCUGCGCUAUUUUAUUCGCGCGACUGUGCGUAGGCAAGCGUGUUCCGCGGGGUGUAUUGUGACCCUCCCCCUUGGCCGAAAAGACCGUGACUGAUUUUACUAGCCGACACUAGAGAGACACACACACAGACAUACACACAAAACGGAAAUAAGGGAAGCGAAACAAACGCGCCUGUGUGUGUGCAGUACUGUUUAAGCGAAUCUUCUAUAACCCGACUCCCCUUUCUCAGCAUUUUAUAUAUCACGUGCCCGUUUUUUCUCGCGCAUGGUCUUUAGUAAUUAUUGCACUGCGAUAAAGCAUAGAAGAAGCAAGAGAAGAAAAAAAACACAAAAAAGAGGAUAAAAAAGAAGCACAUUUACAACAAUCACACACACACACACAGAAAUACCUUCCCGUUGUUGUUGUUAUUGAUGUUGUGUCGGUUCUUAGCCGGUCGCGCUUCCUAUAUUACAGCAAUCCUAGUAGCCGUAGCAACAGCAGCAGCAACAGCUGUGUGUGUGCCUCUGCGAACAAGCAACCACGUGGGUGAUGCGCUGUACGCAAAAGGUGGGCGCGCGCGCGUGCAAUGUAAAGUAAAGCUGGGUGGUGGUACCGUCAUAUAAAUAUUUCCUGUUUUCGAUCGGUAGCGAAAUUAUAUGAAAUUAUUAAGCUGAUGUGGGGUGGGCUUUAGUGUGUAUUAGUGUGAGAGGUUGAGGGUAUACACACAAUUGUAUAGAGAAACGUUUAAUCUCGUUGCCUCGUUGUGUUGUGUUUGUGUACACACCUUUUGAACACACGCAUCAUAAACACAUUAUCCUAUCCCCUUUGCAUUCGCUCCGGUGUCCGGUGUUUUCCACUGUCAUGUCAUUUUCUUCCGAUACAAUUCCAGUAGUAUAGGAAUGGAAGAGAGGGAGGGAGAAACUGAAGAAGAAAAAAACUUAAAAAAUGGUUUCUAUACUGCUACUAUAGGCCAUUCAGCGCUUUUAGUACGUCCCCUGUGAGGCGCGUUUGUCACCUGAAGAAUGUAGACACGUACCCUCAAGGCUCUCGGCAUAAAGUACGCGCACCACACGCUUUAUUCGCUCCACCAUCAUCCCGUUUUAUAUAUUGUGUAUAAGGACAGAAAACCCUACCCCUCCACCCCUCCCUCCCUUCCGCUAAUUAUACAUAAUAUUACUAUUAUGCAAUAUAAAGUAAUAGCCGUUCGAUCGUGUGUUUGUAAUAAGUGUGUGUGUGUGUGCGUGUGGUGUAGAAGCUAAAACGUCGAGACAAAAAACCUGAUCCCCCUGAUAUCGACGAUCGUUUAACAGUCGCGAAGAGGAAAGGGGGACGAGGAAAAUGAACAAAAGUUUAAAAGCAAAACAGUAAAUCCACUAAACGAAACGAUCGGGGGUGUGCACAUCCCCCUUUUCCUUCGUAUGUUCCCGUUUUCUUAUCCGAUCGGCUAGAGAUGUGCUUGCUGCUACUACAUUUUGAGUGUGUAAGUUCGAGCAGAUGAUCGCUCGAUAUCCUGAAAGUGCAACAAUUAUUUAUUACGUUCGGGACAGGUGAACUAAAGCUGACACAAAAACACGGACGAGAAAGGAUUACAAAAGUAGUGGUAGUAGUAGUAGUAGUAAAACAAAAAAGGGUAAAAUGCUGCUGCUGCGGCGCCGUGCCGUGUCCACGUUUUGAUUGCACAGGAAAGGGAGGGAUAGUAGCGAGGGAAGGAGAGAGAUGAAAAGAAAACAAUGAACAAACGUUUGAAGAAAGUUGGAAAAAAGAGAAACAAACGUUAAAGUGGUGUGGAUGGAGUACUACGUAGUAGAUCGUCUGAUGUGGCACCGGAGUCGGAGCCACAAUGAUGGCGCAUUAAGAAAAGGCUAAUUAAAUAUUAUUUCUAUUACGCAGAGCCGAGCACGCAUCGAGCAUGUGUGUGUGUGGGUGAGUGGAUGUGUAUGCGCGCACCCCCACAUAAACAAACGAGAAAUUGAAAGAAAGUAUAUAUUGCUAGUUAUUUGUUAGAGUAAAUUGAAGAAAGAGAGAGCGAGAGAAAAAAACAAGUACAGAGCAAAAUGAAGAUGGAAAAGAAGAAAAAAGAAAAAAAGAACAGAAAAGAAAACUAAGAACAGAAAAGAAAACUAAGAAAAGAGAAGAAAAAAGAAGAAGCAAAUGCAAGAAGAAAAAACAAUGCUAAGAGGAGAAAGUCAGAAGCAGUAAGUAAUAUUAAUACACAACUAUCGAUAAGAGCAACUUUACGAGCAUUAGGAGAGAAAGAGGAAGGAGAAGCAGCAGCAACAGCAGCAGCAGCAGAGAAUAACCAAAAUUUACCGCAUACACAGACACACACACACACACAUCCAUACAAUUGUAAACACACUCAAAAAAUGUGCGUACACUCAAAACACCUACAUACAUACCAUGCGAACGUAAAGAACAGAUCGAUAAGCAUACAAGCAUAUUGAAAGGAAGA